AUGGAUCCACUCACCUCUGCCCAGCGCGUGCUCGAAACGCCAGAGCUGCUCGAGAUGAUCCUGGCAGAGCUUCCUCCAUGCCAAUUGCUCAUCUCCCAGCGCGUCAACACCCUCUGGCACGAUCUAAUCUCCAAUUCACCCCAAUUGCAACAAGUGCUAUUCAUGAGACCUUCCUGGCCUAAAGCCAAACCCUUUGACUCACACCUAUCCUGCGAAGCCAAUCGGCCCAGCCAACGCCCUAGAAAUAACAUGAUGCUGAGAAAAGUGCUGGGUGGGCGAUACCCGACCUUUACACCCCGAGUGACCAGCCAGAAAGAUGAGGAAGAGUAUGCAGACAAUGGUGUAGAGUCUCCAGACGCCAACCCAGAUGAUAUCAAACUACCCAUCCCCCUUGUGUUGACUUCUACGCUGCGAAUUUACUUGGAAGAAAUCCUCGAUCUAACCAGAGAGCAGGNNGAUGUCAAUGUCAUGUACCCGAGCGACCAGCUACCCUCGAACGACACCGCCGUACUGUAUGAGAAAGCAAGCUGGCGCCGCAUGUACCUCUGCCAGCCGCCCUGCACAGAGCUAUAUCUUGCUCGUCGCUGGUGUCGAGCAGCUCGACCAGCAAUCGCUUCCGAAGAUGGCAUCACCAUGGAGACGUUCAUCGAAAAGGCAAACAAGGCGCGCGAACUCUGGAACCAGCUCUUCAUCUCGAGCGAUGGUGACUGGCACUUUGAGGGUCCCAUGCGGAGCAAGUGA